CCCAGAACCAACAGCUCAGCUCAUGAUUUUGAUGGCGUCAUCUGCAAUCUCCAGGAUCAGCUAAGAUCAGAAGCCGUUGUGUGUAUGAAUCGUGUGUUUCUUAACUCGAUGCGUAUGAGAUAAGGUGAAGGAGCGAUAAACCAAUCGCGAUUGUGUUCGUACGCAUCUUCCAGAUCAGAAAGUCGUUUUCUUUUUUGCAAGCUUUAGUGCCCUGCUUAUCUGAUUAAUCCAUGACUCUUCUCAUCUCUUGUGGGGAGGUUGUUUCGUCUUCCCAAAUCACUGUACUUCGCUUACUCAACCAAAGCGUUGACUUUUUAUUCGACAAUGUCUCUAGGAUCCUUGCUCCUGUUUUCACCAACCUAAGGGACUUUGAAAUGCGUCUUUCUUGUAUUGAGCGUCCUCAGUUCACUCCUAGCGAUCAUUCUUAUUUGUCCACUGAGAAUUGGAUCUCUGAUAAAAAGGGUUAUGACGACCAUAAGGGAGACCCUGAAGCUAACUUCAACGCGCUGGAUUCUAUCUUGAAAAGUAGUUUGGAUCGUCUCGCUUCCUUAAGGGAGAGUGUAUGUCGGACAAAGAGCCUCAGAUACGACGAAUCCAUAGCUAUCCACGCGUCGAUAAUGAGGGAUCUCUGUUUACAAGGGAAGCUGGACGCUGCUCUCUGGCUACGAAAGAAGCUGAUGCAGAGUGGGUUUAUCCCAGGUUUGGUCACGCACAAUCAUCUUUUGAAUGGGCUGUGUAAGUUAGGUAGCAUCGACAAGGCGGAUGGGCUUGUUAAAGAGAUGUGGGAGAUGGGUCCUUCUCCCAACUGUGUCUCUUACAACACUUUCAUCAAGGGUCUUUGCAGUGUUAACAAUGUAGAUAAAGCUCUGUAUCUCUUCAGCACUAUGAAUAAAUAUGGCGUUAAACCAAACAGAGUGACUUGCAACAUACUCGUGCAUGCGCUUUGCCAGAAAGGCCUUAUGGGUAACACAAAGCUUCUUGAAGAGAUUUUAGAUAGUAGCCAAGCGAAUGCGCCCUUGGAUAUAGUCACUUGCACCAUUCUGAUGGAUAGUUGUUUUAAGAGUGGGGAUGUGGUUCAAGCCCUUGGGGUUUGGAAGGAGAUGUCGGAGAAGAACGUCCGUGCUGAUUCGGUUGUGUACAAUGUCCUUAUCCGUGGCUUAUGUUCGAGUGGUUACAUGGUAGAUGCUUAUGGGAUCAUGUGUGACAUGGUGAAGAAAGGAGUUAGUCCUGAUGUUUUUACUUACAAUACUCUCAUAAGCGCCUUGUGCAAGGAGGGAAAGUUUGAUGAGGCAUGUGGUAUCCAUGGCACCAUGAAACGAGCUGGUGUUGCUCCUGAUCAGAUCUCAUACAAAGUCAUCAUUCAAGGUCUAUGUAUCCACGGAGAUGUGGCUAGGGCGAACGAGUUUCUUUUGACCAUGCUAAAGAGCUCUCUGCUUCCGGAGGUUCUGCUAUGGAACGUGGUGAUUGAUGGCUAUGGAAGAUGUGGGGAUACUAGCAGCGCUUUAUCUGUUCGAAAUCUUAUGCUUUCUCACGGCGUUAGACCGAAUAUUUACACAAACAAUGCUUUGAUUCAUGGGUAUGUGAAAGGAGGAAGAUUCAUCGAUGCAUGCGAGUUUAAAGAUCAAAUGCGAUCAACCAGUGUCUAUCCAGAUACUACUACGUAUAAUCUGCUACUAGGUGGUGCUUGUACAUUCGGUAACUUGAAGUUGGCUUUUCAGUUGUACGAUGAAAUGAUGAAAAGGAGAUGUCGACCUGAUUUGAUUACUUAUACCGAGCUGAUUAGAGGGCUAUGUUGGAAGGGUCGGUUGAAGGAGGCAGAAGAGCUUUUGUUGAGACUGCAGGCGUCUGGUGUGACACUGGAUCAUGUUCCGUUUUGGAUACUUAUGAGGAAAUACACCAAGUUGAGGCGGCUAGACGAGGCGUAUUUAGCUUACAAAAAAUGGCUAAUGACAAAGAGUGGCGGAGGAGUUGCUUGUCCGACCAGGCUAAAUCACGUGCAUACAGAACAUGAGCAGUAAUGUGCUACAUGAAGCAAGAGACGGAGCACGGUUAUCAUCAUUGCCUUUCAGGUAGUUGUUCUGAUGUGGACGCCUGAGCUAAGUUCAGUUUCUUUUGAAUAUGGUCAAACCAUUAGAUUGUUGAAGAUAUCAAUCUUGACUCCUUAUGCAUAGAGAAUCUGACACGAGGAAGGAACACUUGAGCUAUGUAGCCUAUGCUGGUGAAGUGACAGGUGAUUACAGAAUGCCUCACGUCUUUAACAUCCAAGGAGGCCUCAAUUGAUUUGUUUUCUUCCAAUCCCUCAUAGAUUAGAGUUACAUUCAGGUUUUGAUGAAUGUUUUUGGCUUUAGGGGCACACAGGAUGGCUGUUCCUCCCCAAUAUACUUUCUUGUAAGAAACUUGAAAAGCCUUUCAUUGUAAGGACAACGUGAAUCACUUUCAA